AUGAAUUGUGUAUUACAAAACAGCGAGGAGAGAGUGUAUUCACUAGAGACUGGAGUUCAAUUUUUAAAUGCGGGGUUAUAGGUGAUUAGAGGAGACACAGUGGCAGUUUUAGGGGAAGUCAAUCUGGAGAAAGAGAAGAGCAUCGAUUUUGAUAAGGUCAAAGCCAAUCAAUUACCCCCCAUUUUCAGCAACACUCAUUGA